AUGUUAUAUGAAGAAUUCAUGAAAGAGGAAGCAGAAAUGGGCCAGUUACUGUGAUUUGGAGUUUCCUAAACCUUGCUUUGGGUUGGAGUGUCAGUUUCAGGGAAUAGUAAGUGCUUUUCAAAGAGUGGGUGCUGAGGAAAAUUUCCCCGCCAGUCUCCAGCACAGAGGAUGUGUGUUCUCUUCUGCCAGUUUGAGGCUGCUGUAAAGCAGUUGAGGCUACAGAUCACGUUAAGGCAAAUAAGGUGGUUGGUUUGUGAAACAAAUUCCUGCCCAGGACCAAAGAAAAACCGCUUCACAUGUAUUCUUGGUUUGACAGUAGUUUGGAGUGUGUCAGAUCCAGUAGGCAACCUUAAAUGGCAGGGCCGUUGGCAGCAAGGGGUCAUGGCAGGGCAGGCACCGCAGACAUCCCUGACAAGCGCCAGGUACCCGGCCCUGCAAACUUAGUAACUUGCAGCCCUCUCCCCGCUCUUGGCCCAGUCGUUGUGCUCGUGGCUUCCCCGCCGGCGCUGGCGCGAGUCCUCCCACCGGCGGUCAGACUGCAGCUCCCAGGCAUCUCCCAGCGGCGGGGUUACUGGAAGGCACCGCACCGCUGCUCUGCAGAGCUUCCCUCGCUCCCUCCCUUACUUUCUGGAGCGGAGGAGGCUCCCGGCUAAUCUUUCAGGAGUUAACGAGUCACAAGUUAUCUGGGAAUUGAGGGAAAGAGCGAGGUGGUAAACCUGUAAGAAGACUGCGGGGUCAGCCCUGAAUUAAACCGGAGGAGGGGUAGGGAAGACGGGCACGAACUAAGAGAUUUGAAGACAAUGGGAUGCGACCUUACGGAGUUUUCAGGUCGGGGAGCGGGAGAGGGAACCUCAGGAGUCGACGAUGCCUGGGAUGCCGACUCCGCACCGCCCCAGGGUCACGCCAGUUCUGGGAUUUUUCAGCCUUGCUUGGCUUGGGCCAAAAGCACAAAAAAGGCGUUUUCGGAAGCGGCUCGGCCGUGCACAAGGGCCAUUUGUUUGUUUUGGGACUCGGGGCAGGAAAUCUUGCCCGGCCUGAGUCACGGCGGCUCCUUCAAGGAAACGUCAGUGUUCUCUGGUCGCCCUUGCCCGCUGCGCGCCCGGCCGCCGCUGCCCAUGGGGGAGAUGCAGGGCGCGCUGGCCAGGGCCCGGCUCGAGUCCCUGCUCCGGCCCCGCCACAAAAAGAGGGCCGAGGCGCAGAAAAGGAGCGAGUCCUUCUUGCUGACCGGACUGGCUUUCAUGAAACAGAGAAGGAUGGGCCUGAACGACUUUAUUCAGAAGAUUGCCAAUAACUCCUAUGCAUGCAAACACCCUGAAGUUCAGUCCAUUUUGAAAAUCUCCCAACCUCAGGAGCCUGAGCUCAUGAAUGCCAACCCUUCUCCUCCACCAAGUCCUUCUCAGCAAAUUAACCUGGGCCCAUCAUCCAAUCCUCAUGCUAAACCAUCUGACUUUCACUUCUUGAAAGUGAUCGGGAAGGGCAGUUUUGGAAAGGUUCUCCUGGCAAGACACAAAGCCGAAGAAGCAUUCUAUGCAGUCAAAGUUUUACAAAAGAAAGCGAUCCUGAAAAAGAAGGAGGAAAAGCAUAUUAUGUCGGAGCGGAAUGUCCUCCUGAAGAACGUGAAACACCCUUUCCUGGUGGGCCUUCACUUCUCUUUCCAGACGGCUGACAAACUGUACUUUGUCCUAGACUACAUUAACGGUGGAGAGUUGUUCUACCAUCUCCAGAGGGAGCGAUGCUUCCUGGAACCACGGGCUCGGUUCUAUGCUGCUGAAAUAGCCAGUGCCUUGGGUUACCUGCACUCCCUGAACAUCGUUUAUAGAGACUUAAAGCCAGAGAAUAUCUUGCUGGAUUCACAGGGACACAUUGUCCUUACUGACUUUGGACUCUGCAAGGAGAACAUUGAACACAAUGGCACGACGUCCACCUUCUGCGGCACACCCGAGUAUCUUGCACCUGAGGUGCUUCAUAAGCAGCCUUAUGAUAGGACCGUGGACUGGUGGUGUCUGGGGGCCGUCUUAUAUGAGAUGCUGUAUGGCCUGCCUCCCUUUUAUAGCCGAAACACAGCUGAGAUGUACAACAACAUUCUGAACAAACCCCUCCAGUUGAAGCCAAAUAUUACAAAUUCUGCAAAACACGUCCUGGAGGGCCUCCUGCAGAAGGACAGGACAAAGAGGCUUGGUGCCAAGGAUGACUUUAUGGAGAUUAAGAAUCACGUCUUCUUCUCCCUAAUUAACUGGGAUGAUCUCAUUAAUAAGAAGAUUACUCCCCCUUUUAACCCAAAUGUGAGUGGGCCCAGCGACCUGCGGCACUUUGAUCCCGAGUUUACCGAAGAGCCGGUCCCCAACUCCAUCGGUCGGUCGCCCGACAGCAUCCUCCUCACAGCCAGCGUCAAGGAAGCGGCCGAGGCCUUCCUGGGCUUUUCCUACGCACCUCCCAUGGACUCCUUCCUCUGAAUGGUCUUAGGGUUGGUUGCGAAGGAUUUUACGGGCGUUUUUGAAAUAUUUUUAGUUAGCCUUUUGGCAGAGCUGCCAGCUGACAGGACAUCUUAGAAGAGAAUUUGCACAUCCCUGGAAGCUUGCACAUCUUGGCAAUCUUAUUGCACACUGUUUGCUGGAAGCUUUUCGAAGAGCACAUCCUCCUCAGUGAGCUCGUGGGGUUUUCCUUAUUCUUCCUUCCAAUGUGGUGCUAUCUCUGAAGUGAGCAGUAGAGGGCCGCCCCAGACAGGUGCAGUGGUCUCAUUCGAAGGAGGACGCUUGUUCUGAGAAGGAGCUUCUGAAGGUCUGUCCUGGGCCGUGAUAUAACGAAUCUUAUGAAACGUGCCUUUUCUGAUGAGAUCGUGUUAGCUCCAAAGUUCUUCCUGUUGCCGAGUGUUUCCGUUCUGUUUUUCCUUGUGGACUUCCUGUGUGAUCAGCCGUAUGAGUGUGGUAUGCUUGCUCAAAGAAGGACUCAGUUAUAAGCAUCAAUGUGACACUUGCAGGACACUACAACGUGGGACAUUGUUUGUUUCUUCCAUAUUUGGAAGAUAAAUUUAUGUGUAGGCUGUUUUUUUUUUGUAAGAUAUAGUUAAUAACUAAAAUUUAUCGAAAAUGGUCUUGCAAUGACUUGUAUCCAGAUGCUUAAAGAAGCAUUGCUGCUACAAAUAUUUCUAUUUUUAGAAAAGAUUUUUAUGGACCAAUGCCCCAGUUGUCAGUCAGAGCCUGGUGUUUUCAUUGUUUAAAAUAUCACCUGUAAAAUGGGCAUUAUUUAUGUUUCUGGUUUUUUGUUUCUUUUUGCAUUCCUGAUAAUUAUAUGUAUUGUAUAAAGAAAGUCUGUACAUUGGGUUAUAACACUAGUAUAUUUAAACUUACAGGCUUGUUUGUAAUGUAAACCACCAUUUUAAUGUACUGUAAUUAACAUGGUUAUAAUAAUGUACAAUUCUUUCCCCCCUCCCUACCACACACCUUUUUUUGUGUGUGAUAAACCAACUUUGGUUUGCAAUAAAACCUUGAAAAAUAUUUGCAGAAA